AUGGCACACGACGGCGACACACCACCUCGCGACGGAAGUGGCAAUGACCAGGCCGCACAGCGGCUAAACCAGGUCUCGUCGCAUAUAUCUUCACCGCCAGGUGCGCAGCAAUCGACUGAAUCCAAGCGGAAGCUCAAGGCAGCGAGCUCUCACCUGCCAGCAGACCAUUCCGAUGUUCUCGACCAGAUUGCAUUGCUGCGCUCCAUUGCUGCAAACCCCGAUCCCAACCACCGGGGCUACGUGCGACAGAAGCAGGCCGGCAAACUAUGGGUUCGCGAGCGCAUCGAGCAACUUUUGGACCCCGACUCAUUCCAGGAAAUUGGUUCCGUUUCGGGAACGGUUACAUGGAAGAAAACUGCUCCUAUGCGAGAAAAGCCUGUAUCCUUUGUUCCAAGCAACAAUGUUCAGGGCGCGGGAUUGCUACGAGGCAGGAAAGUCUUGCUCACGGCGGACGACUUUAGUAUUCGGUCUGGCCAUGCCGACGGAGCAAGUGCCGGAAAAACAGUCUAUGUUGAAAAGCUUGCAAUUGCACUGAGACUACCAGUAGUGAAACUAGUGGAUGGAAGCUCAGGCGGAGGCAGCGUGACAACUAUUCGCAAAGAAGGAUGGAGUUAUUUGCCACAUGUCGCUCCGUUCAAGCACGUAAUUCAGCAGUUGAAUAUGGGAAUUCCAAACCUGGGCGCGGUUGUUGGACCAGCUAUUGGUCUCGGAGCGGCACGAGUAGUCUCCUGCCACUUCUCCGUUAUGGCAGCAGACAUUGGAGCGUUGUUUAAUGCAGGACCAAAAGUGGUCGAAGGCGCAACUUUUGAAGAGGGUCUCGACUUUCAGGAUCUGGGUGGGCCGAUGGUGCAUUGCAUGAAUGGUACUAUUGACAAUCUCGCCGCAAAUGAGGCCGAGUGUUAUGAACAAUUGCGAACUGUCUUGGGCUAUCUUCCAAACUGCGGGAGCGAGGCACCCCCAGUGGUUCCAUGUAUAGACCCUGAGGACCGUGAGGAUGUGGCUCUGCGCAGCAUCAUCCCGCGACGACAAGCGCGUAUGUAUAAUCCUCGGACAAUCAUCGUGUCCGUCGUCGACAAAGACUCCUGGUUUGAAAUUGGUGCCCUCUGGGGCCGAACUGCUAUUAGCGGCCUUGCACGCCUAGGCGGACAUCCGGUCGGCAUCAUUUCGCUCAACUGUGAGGUGAAUGGCGGUGCUCUUGAUGCGGCCGGCAGCCAAAAACUCACACGACACUUGAAGAUGUGUGAUGUGUUUAAUCUGCCUGUUUUGCAGUUUCUUGACGUCCCCGGUUACGCCAUUGGCACUGUCGCCGAGCGCACCGCUACUAUGCGCUGGGGGGUCGAAUUGGCAAAAGCAUACUACAGCACUACGAUGCCAGUCUUCAAUGUUGUGACUCGGCGCGUAUUUGGAGUGGCUGGUGGUGUCAUGCUCGGCUGCCGCGACCCCGUCAUGCAAGUCGCAUGGCCGUCCGGACAAUGGGGCUCGCUGCCGUUGGAUGGAGGCAUCGAGGUCGGACACCGACAUGAGCUUCGCGAGGCGGAGAAAGUUGGGAAGAAGGAGGAGAGAUACAAAGAGCUGGAAGAAGAGUAUCUACGCCUGAUGAAUCCGGUCCGGACAGCCAAUGCAUUUGGAGUGGAGGAGAUAAUUGACCCCAAGGAUACAAGAAAGGUCUGCUGUGCAUGGGCGUCACAUAUGUAUGAAGUACUUCUGAGGGAGAGGCUAGCGGAACGGGCGUCUGGGAAGAUUCAACCAUCUUUCGCAUGA